GAUAUUUUUUAAAACACACCCAAAGCUUGUGCUUUUUUAAGGCCUACGGUGUAAUUCUUUUUCAUCGAAAUUGUGCGUUAAGAAAAUUAAAGUAAUAUGUAUCGACCAACCCUUCGCGACAGAGUUUAUAAUCUUCGAACAGACCUGGAUUCAACAUCCCCACCAGGUCCAACAUCUCCACAUCAAUUGUCUGUAACAUGGGCUUUACAAAAUGAUUUGAAUGACCCCAUUUUAAAGUCAAAACCAAUGCAAGGACACUUUCAACCGAUUUUAGAAAAGGGAAAGAGAUCAUCACAAGAGGAUAAGAGCAAUGAAUUGUCAUCGACUUUAGCUGGCCCCUUGGAUGCAUUCGCUUUAACAGGAACUGAACAAUAUCAGCAGCAGCAACAGCAUCAGGCUCCAUCUGAAAAUGAGGACGAUGAGGAGGAAUAUUCGGUAUCAGUGUCGGCUAUAAUGCAAAGACGUGCCAGCGUUCGAGGCAAUCGUAAGCGUGGAAGUCGCAAAUCCCGAAGAGCCUCCAGUCCAAUGGAUCACGUGUUGGAUACCAUCAGCCAGGCGGGCGAUAGACGCCGUUCCAGUGUGUUCACUACCAGCUCGGGGGACACUGCCAUUUCUGUGGAUGACGGAACAAACCAGGACUCUACGCAGGAGCAAAUCUACGAGAAUAUCCGGCUGCACAAGGAAGUUAUUCAGUCCGUAAAGUUGCAACCAUGGAAUAUUAGAAAGAAGUUAAAGCUUGUUAGACAGGCGAAAACAUACGUGGCACGUCACGAAGGAGCACUGCAGGAACGUUUCGCCUUAUCAAGAAGUGUAAGGGACUUGUGGGCAAGGUUUAAAAUUUUAAUGGCAGCGCGUUGGCGCCAUUGGAAACGUGAAACGAGCAGCUUCCUUACGGUCCUGAUUCCAUGGGAACUUCGUAUUAAAGAAAUCGAAUCACACUUUGGAUCGGGUGUCGCCUCCUAUUUCACAUUUCUUCGAUGGCUUUUAUGGGUUAAUAUAAUGAUGACUAUACCGUUGGUAGCUUUCGUAAUUGCACCUGAAGUCCUUUCAACAAAUCCAAAUGAGGAAGAUCCAAGGAAAAAAAUGUCAGAACGAGAAAUGAAAGUUGCCGGGAAUCUAUUUACAAUUUGGGAAUUCGAAGGAUAUCUUAAGUAUUCACCGUUAUUUUAUGGAUAUUAUUCGAGUAAAUCAGGAGCAACUCGGAAAGGUUACAAUCUACCAUUGGCGUAUUUCUUAACAGCUGUUGCUGUUUAUGUUUAUAGUUUUGUUGCAACUUUACGAAAGAUGGCAGAAAAUUCAAGGAACUCAAAGCUUUCAUCGAAAGAUGACGAGUGUAUAUUUUCAUGGAAACUCUUCACUGGGUGGGAUUUUAUGAUUGGUCAUGCGGAAACGGCACAUAAUAGGAUAGCAUCUGUUGUUGUUGGCUUCAAGGAAGCUCUGCUUGAGGAGGCCGAAAAGAAAAAGGAUAACCGGAAUUGGCGUAUCAUACUUCAAAGGAUUCUUGUGAAUAUUUUAGUUAUUGGCCUUCUGGCUGCGUCUGGAUAUACUGUGGUGUCCGCUGUUGACAGGUCUGAAACAGUUGGAACCAACGCAUCGUGGUAUCGAAGGAAUGAGGUCAACGUUAUAAUGACUUUGCUGUCAUUUUUUCUACCGAUGAUUUUUGAUGCAUUAGGACUUUUUGAGAAUUGGCAUCCUAGGCAACAGUUACGACUUCAAUUAGCAAGAAUUAUGAUUCUGAAUUUGCUGAAUUUAUACUCGUUGAUGUUCUCGUUCAUCUAUAAAAUCACGGGCAAAGAUGAAAGCCUUCAGCUAUUAAAGGAAAUCGAUCAAAAUGCAACUUCGGAGAAAAAUCAAAUUGAAAAAAUGAUUGCUGUAUUGGGAAAUCUUCUAACGAGCACUACCACCACUAGUAAUUGGAAUUCAAGUGAUUUCAACUCAUCUCCUGCGCCAUUAGGUUACUCCCCAACUCCAUCAACGACUUUGGGAAAUUUGUUCAAUCGAACAAUGUGUUUUAUCGUUCCUGUGAACUGCUCAAUUCCUCCAUUGCCCUCGGCAACACGAACAUUUACUACAUCGAUGUUAUUGCUAAACUUAAGUACAACUCCUCUUGUCUCAGAGACAUGGUCGACUACAAGUCCAUCUUCCACAUCGUCAUCAUCAUCACCAUCAUCAUCUACUACUGCUACAACACCAUAUGAUGUGGUUAACACUACUGUCGACUUCCUAACAUCAACAACCAACUUAAACGAUUUAAUAACAAAUCCCAAUAAUGCCUCAGUUUAUCCAUUUACGAGGGAUGACUGGAGUAGUAGCAGCAGUGUUGGUAGUACAUCGACGUUUUUUGAGAGUUCAUCUCCAUCACCAUUGCCAUCAUCGUCAUCGCCGUCGUCGUCAGCAACCAGCGAGGAUUAUCGAUCCCAGUUUAACGAUACCUAUUUCGAAUAUCAUGACUAUUUUGAUAACUUUUUGUCCAUGGAUAUGGAAGAGCUGGAGCAGGAACAAAAUGCCAAUGACGAUGGUGAAAGGGUAAGACGUUCAAUCGGAAUUCUGUCAACUGAAUACGCAUCACCUUCUACAAGCGGGGGCACCGACUACACAGACCUUUCUGAUGACACAACAGAAUCUGGCACAACUUUGAAUAUUGCCUCAGAAACCACCUAUACCCUUGACGUAUCCAGCUUGUCAACACUGACGGAGCUCAUGGCAACUAUGCCUACCACAACGACGUCAACAGUAAUGGAUCCUGUACGUGACAAAGUCCUCGAAUAUAUAUCCACUCUAAAGCCCGAUGAACCAACUUCAUCCUCAACAUGGCCAUCAUCAUCAUCAUCAACAUCAUCAACUGAGGAAGAGAAGCUGGAUGAUACCACCAAUCCAACUACCCCUAUUUCGACUAUUGCCGUCUCAAUCAGUGAUAAACAAAUGCAGGCUAAAAGCUGCACCCAAACUGUGUGUGUCACAAUUCCCCCAGAAUACUGUACCACUCCCAUGCCACCCAUUAAAGUAGACGACUUAUCGUCUGCAAUGGCCACCGAUUCCACAACUCUCAGUACCACAACCACAAUAGCUCCUCAAAUCCAAAUACAAUACCAUGAGGAAAAGCUAAAGAAUAUAACGCUCAUCUUGGAAAAUGUUCGUCGCAACUUGACAUCAAUGUGCUGGGAGACAUCGUUGGGGCAGGAGCUUUCAAAAAUCAUUGUUUUUGAUAUGAUAAUGUCCAUAGUGGCACCACUUUGCAUCGACUUCCUGCGAGCUCUCUUCGUACGCUACGUAAAUAAAUACUGGUGUUGGGACAUGGAGAAGACUUUCCCCCAGUACGGAGACUUUAAAAUUGCCGAGAGUAUUUUAAAUUUGGUCUACAAUCAGGGACAAGUAUGGAUGGGGAUUUUCUUUUCGCCAGGACUUGUGAUCAUUAAUUUUGUGAAGCUUAUGAUUUUGAUGUACUUGCGGUCGUGGAUUGUGCUAACUUGUAAUGUGCCGCAUGAAGUUGUUUUUAAAGCUUCGAAGUCUAAUAACUUUUAUCUGUCACUUCUAUUGACAAUGUUAUUCUUGUGUGUUCUGCCAGUGGGCUAUGCGAUAGUAUGGUUGCGUCCUUCGUGGCAUUGUGGACCAUUCUCGGAUUAUGAUAGAAUUUCUGAGUUCUUUACAACUACUAUUAUUAAAGGACUUCCACCAGAGCUCCACAAGCCUUUGGAGUAUCUGACUUCACCAAGUACUGUGAUUCCUUUGUUGCUCUUGCUGACCCUCAUCAUAUAUUACUUGGUCUCCCUGACUGGUGCAUUACGAGAGGCAAACCAAGACCUUCGUAAUCAACUGUUGAAAGAACGAGAAGAAGAACGGAAGAAGAUGUUCAAAAUACCGGAUACCAAGAGUAAUGAACAGGCUGCGACAGCGCUGACCAACCGAUGGAGAAAAGUUCUAGAAGCUUCAUCACCAGUAACGCCCACUGGAACAGGACAACAGGCUCCUGAUUUUGAUGAGGAAAUCAAAACUCAAGCUAGAAAAGAACUUAUUGCCCGCAUUAUGAAGAAAGCUCUUCGUAAGGGUUCUGCAACUUCUGACGAUGAUAGUUACAUGCGAGGAAAAGAUGAAGAUGACACUGACACGGAAUAUCACGAAUCACUGCCACAUGAUGAAGAAUCAAAGGAGAAACUAUUUGGACUCUCGAGGCUUCAACAAAUCCGUAGGACACGGAAGCCUUCUCUAGUUGAUAUAGUUCAAAUAGCAAAGUCUGAACAAGCCAAAAAUAAGGAACAACCCAAGAGUAGAUUCAAAGUAGACAAGGUAAAUAAACCCGACAAGCCUAUGAAGACGGAGAAGCCAGUAAAGCCUGAAAAGAAAGUUGACUGCGAUAAUGACAAUGACCCCGAUACGAAUUCAAGAGUUGUUUCUGAAAGACGUAUGAGUUUGUUGCAAAAUCAAUCACCGGAAAGUGAAGAAAUGCCAGUGAAACCGAGAUUGGCUAAAAUCGUCAGCAGUAAUUUUGCGGUUAUCAAUGAAAAAUCUUCGGAUGCCCCGAAGAAUGUGAAGAAGAAGAAUUCUCCGAAAUCAAGACCAGAACCGUUUAAUCUUGAAGACAAGACGAUGGAAAAGAAAAAACCGAAGGAAAAGAGAGAUACUGGAUCUCCAGAAAAGGAAAAGCACAAAGCUGAUGGAUCACCAGAGAAGGAGAAGAAAAAGCCUCGAAGUUCACCGGAUAGAGAAAAGAAUAAAAAUAAGGGCUCACCAGAGAAGGAGAAGAAAAAGUUCCAAAAGUCUCCGGAUGUUGAGAAGAAGAAGGUCAAUGGGUCACCAUCGUCAGACAAGGAAAAGAAGAAACCAUCUACGCCCAACGUGAAAGAGAAGCGGAAGCCCAUUGAUCCAUCUCCAGAAAGGGAGAAGAAGAAACUUAAUGAAUCUCCAGAAAAGAAAAAACUUACCUCCUCUCCACAAGAAGAAGGCAAGUCAGAGGCGUUCUUCAGCUUCUCCAAGAAGGGUCGCAAUAAAAUAGGCAAUCUCAUGAAUUUCGUUCGUGAAGCUGUCAAAAAAGCCGAUCUUAACUCACCAAGUGAUUCACCACCAUCAACGCCUUCAACAACCAUCGAAGUUCAGCCCUCAUUCAUCAAAGCUUCUAAAUCUGAGCCAAAAUUACUCCCACAAGCUGAACCCGAACUUGAAACAAAACCAAUCACUCCUCCUCCUCCGUCGAUGAAAAAAAUGGUCCAUCAAGCACCAAUUGAUUCGGAGGAGGAAGAUCAACCCGGACCAACGCCUCCUCUAGUUCGAAGUGGGUCACAGCGAUGGAAGACGGACAAACCAUCACCAUCACGUCAAGAUUCUCAGGCAUCAGUGUGGUCGGAUAAUAUCCCAACGAUAACCAUUAGCACAACCGGAAGUGAGGAAUGCAUUAUAGAUUGUGUUAAUGACAGCACGGAUGUUGCUACUCCAAUUGAAGAGCAAAAUGGUGACGCAAUUACUACAAAUGGUGAUAUUGAUUUGGAAUAAGUUUUAUGGUUUUUACUUUUUAUCGAUACAAAUUUUUAAAUUCGUUAAUAAAAUGUUUUAGUAAUUAUAAGAAGCAAGAAAACUUAUAAUAAAUCUAACGGUAGUUGCACAAAUAUACA